UCCUGUCUAUACGAAAACCAUUUCUGGCCAUCAGCAAUACGCCUAUUUCGAUAAGGAACAUGGGAGCCGGUCUCAGAUCAUCUGGAUGUUUUUAGUUCUCGAUUGUGUCUAUAAGAUGGACUUGUGGAAAAUUCAGCAAGUGAUCGUGUUAAUUUCGGUUCUUGGAUUCGCCACUGAUGUGGUGUGUGAGGAUGGGGUUGGAAAGGUUGGCAAGACGGAGAUUACCACUUCCUGGCAACGGCAUCCGGACUCUGCCACGUGGUCGCUGGAAGCCAGGAUCCCCAUGACCCCAGAGUUUGACCCCCUUGAAGUCGAAGGAAGGGGAAAGAAAAAAAGGUUGAGGAAAAAACUGGAGAAGUUUUUAUUACCACUAUUAUUAGCGUACAAAUUGAAGUUCUUCACACUCAUCCCCGUUCUAAUUGGAGGACUCCUUCUGCUGACAGGAGCCACAGGAUUAGCUGGAUUUUUCUUCGCUCUCUUUGCAGCAGUGAUGGGACUAAAAAGUCAUCAUGAUCAUUGAAUAGUGAUCGGGCAUGGUUUAUAAAUAUUUUGGGAUCUACCUCAACACCUCUGCAUAUUUUUAAUGAUUUAUCAGAUGUAUUUUUUAAGAUGGGUUAUUCAAAACAGAGGAAUUACUUAUUUAAAACAUUUUAAAUGCACAGAAAGAUAGGAACAUAUCAAUAAAAAUGUUGUCUUCUAGAGAUAUUCAGCAUAAUACACCUGAUCAACUAGAAGGAUUAUUAUUGAUGUAUUUUCAUCUCUCUUCUCUUUUUUGUGGGAACUUUCAGUUCAUUUAUUUAUUUAUUUAUUU